AGGCUGCCCUCAGUCCUUCUGACCCCAGCCCGCCUGACCCCCUCGUGUACACAGGUCAGCAUCAGCAACGGCCUGGCGUGGAGCGAGGACCACCACACCUUCUACUACGUCGACUCCUCUCAGUUGAAGGUCGAGGCUUUCGACUGUGACUUCCAGAACGCAAGGCUCGGUAAGCGACGCACCGUGUUCGACUACCGUGAGGCGGGGCUCCACCCGGCCUUCCCCGACGGCCUCACUAUCGACACACACGGCAACCUCUGGGUCGCCUCCUUCGGCGCCGGCAAGAUCCACUGUGUGAACCCGGCAACAGGCCAGCUGGUGCGGUGGGUGGAGGUUCCAGCUGCGAACGUGACCUCUGUGUGCUGGGGUGGUCCGAACCUCGACCAGCUGUAUGUCACCUCCACGCAGAAACGUCUUACCAAGGAACAGCUGGUCCAGCAUUCUAUUUGUGCUUGCGGGGGUUGA